CGGCUGUUUCCGGUCGGUGUGUUCGGUAACAGGUCGGUGUGUACAUCAGACGCAGAGGUCGGAUCCGUUCACAUGGAUUAAAAGCACACGGAUUCACCAACAGGUACCGGAACCACUGUGAAUGAAUACAUACGGUUGGACAGAUCGUGGUGUGUUCAGGGUCCAUGUCUCGCCACAGUAAACUGCAGAAGCAGGUCCUAUCCCUGUACCGUCAGUUCCUUCGGUCCGCUCGUCACAAACCGGGUUUUGUCCAACGAAUCCGAGACGAGUUCCGACAAAACGCCGCCAUCAAGAAGACGGACGUCAUGCACAUCGAGUACCUGUACCGACGAGGACAGAGACAGCUGGAGACACUGAAGGACGACAACACCAAACAGCUGGGGACGUUUACUAAACAACCAGACAACAGCUGACAACAAACAAACAAACAACAGAGACAGCUGGAGACAC